UUUGUUUAGUGUUUAUAAAGUGUUUUUGUCUUUAUUAAAAUGUCAUUUUUUGUCGACAUUGUAACAGAAGAUUCAUUUUACGAAAAUCUAACACUCGGGGUUGUUAAAUUACUUGAAGCGAGUCCGUGUGUUAAAAAUGUUAAAGUUGAAAGACAAAGUGCUUGCGAAAGAAGUGCCAUUUCCAGUUGGGAGCAGAAACACUGCUGUUUAUUACCAGAUGAUUUAAAACGUUUCUACGCUUCAACUGAUGGGUUUUCACUUAAUUGGAGUCUUGAUAUUGCUGGUGAAGAGUUUCCUGUCGGUAGGAUGACGAUAAAUGAAUUUGCUGGAUUGAAAAGAUUUAUCGGAAGCAAAGAGCAACAGCAACAGACUGAAAUUGAAUCGAAAUCACAAGAUGAAAGUGAGAUGAUCCCGUCAUUAGGUGGCCGAUGCAAACUUUUUGAAAUAGAUCAAUGUGGUGGAAUAGCUAAAAUUUUUUUGGUUUAUCACAUUAGACCGGAUUGGGAUGGAGAACCCGGGAUUUGGCUCUAUAACGAUGACAAUGCCAGUGGAAACUGGUAUCACCUAUCGGACACUUUUAUCAAGUACUUUAGAAUGAUGUUGGUACACUUGGGAUUACCUCUCUGGCAAUACUGUGUGGCUGGACUCGAUCUACCUACGUGGGUUCAACAAACCUACUAUUUAGUUGGACCUCAUUUAUUAUCCACCGGUGAAGAAAGAGAAGAAAGAGGAAAACAAACCACCGAAACUAUUUCUACUACAAUAUUUAAAGAUGCUCCUUAUAAUACUAUUGAUCCUUCUAUUUUUAAAACUCGCGAUAAUAAACAAAGAAACUCUAGAAAAAAAUAAUUACAAUUAUUAUUUUUAAAUAAAUAAAAAAUUGAAAUUUGACUCUUGGCCUAAUUGCCACCAAAAAUAUUUUAAAUAUCUAACAAAUUGGCAUUGUGUAACGUAUAUCUUGGCACGAUAUCCUGGUGACUACAGCCAUGGCCACUCAUCCAGUCUUUAAUUUUUUCCCUUCACUUGCUUGUUAAACUAUCUCUAAAUCUAAUA